UAAUAAUAAAUUUCAUAACUAAAAGUAAAUAAAAGACACAAAGACAAAACUAUAUAAACAAGUCAAAAUAAAAUAACAAAGUCAUGUGUCUAAAAAGAAGCUUCUCUGUGAUCUCCCACUCAUUAUUACAACGCACGAUCUCAUUUCUCAUCAUCUCCUCCGUAUAAUCCGGCCAUGAUCAUUCACGCGCCGCCGUCUCCAUUAUGUUGACCGACGUCUUCUGGCUCCGAACACGACGGAGCCGUUUCGUUUUCUUCCUCCUCUGUUCUCCUUUACUAAUCCCAAUCCUAUGUGCUUCGAUCCCUAUCCUUUGCGCUGUCGAGAUCUUUAGCCGCCUCCGUAGUCGUCAUCCUUGGUUUGCUAAAACCGCCACCGUGGAUGAAGAUGAUUUGAGGCUCCGGAGAUGUGAAGAAGGAUGCGGUUGCGGCGGUGGAGGAGGGUUUGAAGAAGAAGAAGCUGGGUUGCUUCAGAGGUACUUAGAAGAUCAGUUGGUUCUUGUUAGAUCUGUUUAUGAGUGUGGUGAAGAAGAUCAAGAUCUUGAUCAAGAUCAAGAUUCUGAUCAAAUUAUUAGGGUUCCUCUUCUUUCUUAAUUUUUUCAGUUUUCUUUAGAUUCGUAAGUUUUUUUUUUCUUUUUUGUAAUUUUCGGUUAUCAGAGGAAAAAAAUUGUAGAUAAACAAAAAUUGAAUUACAUUUUUAACUUCAAAUUACUAUCAGUUGAAU